AAAGAAUUGAAUUGUAAAUUGAACUGUAAGAACUAGAUAAACAACAAAAAUGGUUUACGAGAUGGACUUUACCGAUACACCCGUCAGCACUGGCACCACAAUCAUGGCCGUCGAAUUCGACGGAGGAGUUGUGAUUGGAGCUGAUUCCCGUACCAGCUCCGGACCGUAUGUGGCCAAUCGUGUCACCGACAAGCUGACUCGCAUCACAGACAAAAUUUACUGCUGCCGUAGUGGCUCUGCCGCCGAUACCCAGGCCAUCGCAGAUAUUGUGGCCUACUCGUUGAACUAUCACGAGAACCAGACCAGCAAGGAUGCCCUGGUCUUUGAGGCUGCCUCAGAGUUCCGUAACUACUGCUACAACUAUCGCGACUCCCUGCUAGCUGGAAUCAUUGUUGCUGGCUGGGAUGAGCAGCGCGGUGGUCAAGUGUUUAGUAUCCCGUUGGGUGGCAUGCUUACCCGCGAGCCCUGCACCAUUGGCGGAUCGGGAUCCAGUUUCAUUUACGGCUACGUCCGAGAGCAUUUCCACGAGGGUAUGAGCAAAGAGGAGUGUGUGAAAUUUGUCAAGACAGCGGUUCAACAUGCCAUCUAUCAUGAUGGAAGCUCUGGCGGUGUGGUGCGCGUUGGCAUUAUCACCAAGGAGGGUGUGGAGCGUCGUCUGUUCUAUAACACCGAAUCGGGCGAGUCCGAGAUAUCGGGCACUGGCAGCAGUGCUAUUCUCGCCCAAUAAUCGAAUAGAAUGGAUUGAAAAUUAAAGUUAGAUCUGCUUUGAAGGCGUUGAAAACGGUCGUCAGAAAAAUAAAAUUUGGUUUUUGUCAUAUGUAA